UUCUAUGGAGACCCUGGCCUGCGCUAUAUCAAAGGACCUGGGUCGAGAGAGUGGCUGCAGACCUUUCCAAAGCAGGAACCUGGCCACUACUUGAGAGCCCUCAGACACACCACGAGGGGGUGUGCCAGCUGGCCAGGACUCUUCUCCCACUGGGAAUAAUAACGCCCCAAUUUAUAGGGCAGGUCUUGAAGUGAGCCAGUUCCCCAACGGAAAAUCUCCGUGUGACUGGUACGGCCUUCAUCAGCCAGCUUAUGUGUGACCCAGUCCUUGAAGAUGAAAAGCUCCUGAAGGCAGUCCUUUCUUUACUUCAGCAGCGAGCCAGGGACACAAAUAACCUUGUCCAACAAAUGGCAGCCAGAGGACUAGGCAACAUCGUGUACGGUGCCCCUGAGCAGCUAAAAACCCACCAGAAGGCCGUCGUGGAGACCCUGUUCCAGACAUCAUUUGUUCCUGCCAGGCCUGAGAUCAGGGAGGAGGGCACGCGGGCACUCACCCGCGUCUUUAAACAUCUGGGGACAGAUGCGGGGCCCCUGGUUGAGGAUGCAGCUAUGCACAUCAGGCCCUUUUUUAACCAUGACAACGACGGUCUUCACGCCGUGGCUUUCUCCCUCUUCGGCGCCCUGGCAGGCUGCAUGAAAAGAAGGCAAGCCUUUUAUAAAAUCCAGGUGAGGCAGAGCCUGGGAACACUCCUGCUUCACCUGGAGGACCCCAACCCGCAGGUGGCCAAGGAGUGCAGAACAACGCUGGGCCUGUGCUGCCCUUACCUGGGCUUAAGAAGGGUCCAGGCAGCCCUGGCCUUCCAUACCCAGGGGUCAGAGCAGGGGAAGCAGGAACAGCUGCUGAGGGAUGUCUGCAGGCAUUUGGCCAGAGAAAAACCUGCUCUUUUGGAGGGUCUCUGCCAGGCAGCCCAGGGACACUACUCAAGCUCGUGGCCAGAAAUUCAGAUGGCAGCCAUCCAAUUUACAGGUAUCCUUCUGGAGUAUGCUGCCCCCAGGAGUGCCGGACAGAUAAAGGUUGCACGCCUGCUGAGCUCUCUGCAAACUCUGGGACAGGACACCUCCCAGGAGGUCCAAGAUGUGGCCACUCAGGUUGCAGAGGCUAUUUCUAAAAGCCCUUGGGGCAGCAUAUUGCAAGAAGAGGAAAACCAUGGGCAUACCCUUCCCUAUAUCACUUCAUUGCUCUGUUUUGGGUGCCUAAGGCCCCGCUCCAUUUAAAAGCAAGCUCCUGAAUUUGUAUAUGUUCA